GGGCCCUCCCGAUCUGGGGCGCCCCCGCCUGAGCCCUCGGGGCCUUUGAGCCCGCGCCUGGGGGGCGGGGGUCGCCCCAGUGUGAAGACGCAGUUAUUCCCGUGUCUGGGGAGAGGCUGGUGCUCUGGUGACGCGGAGAACGAUGAGCUUAUCGUGAAGAUGAAGAGGAGCUCUCUAGUUCAACAGACUGUUUAAAGAAGAGGACUACUUCUGUACACACAGUUUUUAUUACUUUCCAAUAAUUGGAUCAGAAAAUGAACCCAACUAAUCCUUUCAGUGGGCAGCAGCCUAGUGUUUUUCCAACAUCUAGUAGUUCCAUAGGAACGUUUCAGGCUAGGCCAGCGUUUCGAUUUGGUCAGCCUUCUCUUUUUGGACAAAACAGUACAUUACCUGGGAAGAGCUCAGGAUUUUCACAGGUAUCCAGCUUUCCAGCAUCUUCUGGAGUAAGUCAUUCUUCUUCAGCGCAAGCAGGAUUCUCCCAGACCUCGAAUGUUGGACUCUUUUCUGGACUUGAACACACUCCGGCUUUUGUAGCUACUUCUGGGCCUUCAAGUUCAUGUGUGCCUGGAAACCCGGGAUUUAGUUUUAAAUCACCCAACCUUGAGGCUUUUCCAAGUACUUCUACUUUUGGACCAGAAACUGGAGAAAUAGCAAGUUCUGGUUUGGGGAAAACCGAAUUCAGCUUUAAACCUCUCGAAAAUUCAGUGUUCAGACCAAUAUUGGGGACUGAAUCAGAGCCAGAGAAAACUCAGAGCCAAAUUACUUCUGGAUUUUUCACGUUUUCCCACCCAAUUAGUAGUGGACCUGGGGGACUGACCCCAUUUUCUUUUUCUCAGAUGACAAGUAGUUCAGCUACCAAUUCAAAUUUUACUUUUUCAAAACCAGUUAAUAGUAAUAAUUCGUCAUCUGCCUUUACUCCUGCUUUGUCAAACCAAAAUGUAGAGGAAGAGAAGAGAGGCCCUAAAUCACUGUUCGGAAGUUCUGGUAGUAGCUUCACCAGCUUCCCCACAUCUUCAGGGUUUUUGGGUGAACCCUUCCCAGUCAGCAAAACAGGUGUCAGACAAGGAUGUGAAGAAGCUGUUUCCCAAAUGGAGCCACUUCCCAGCCUCAUGAAAGGACUGAAAAGGAAGGAGGACCAGGAUCGCUCCCCAAGGAGACACGGCCAUGAUGGGGCAGAAGACUUGGACCCUCUGUCGAGGGGCGAUCAUCCCCCAGAUAAACGACCUGUCCGUCUCAGUCGACCCCGGGGAGGCACUUUGUUUGGUCGGACGAUACAGGAUGUCUUCAAAAGCAAUAAAGAAGUAGGUCGUCUGGGCAACAAGGAAUCGAAAAAGGAAAUUGGCUGUGCCGAGUCUGGGGAUAAUGACCACUUCGCCAUCCCAGGGGGGAGUCAAUCUGUCCUUGCACCUUCCCGGCUUCCAGGUGUGAAUAAAGAGGAAGAAACCGAAAGUAGAGAUAAAAAAGAAGAUUCUCUCCGAGGAACUCCUGGGCGUCAGAGUAAAAGAAGCGAGAGCACAGACAGUCUUGGGGGCUUGUCUCCUGCUGAAGUCACGGCAAUCCAGUGCAAGAACAUCCCCAACUGUCUCAACAACAGAACCAUUCUGGAGAGGCACUUCGGUAAAAUUGCUAAAGUGCAGCGCAUCUACACCAGGCGCAGCAAGAAGCUUGCAGUGGUGUAUUUUUUUGAUCAUGCAUCUGCAGCCCUGGCUAGGAAGAAGGGGAAAGGUUUGCAUAAAGACAUGGCUAUCUUUUGGCACAAGAAGAAAAUAAGUCCCAACAAGAAACUCCUUUCCCUCACGGAGAAGACACCGGGUGAUGGUGAGGCUGGCCAGGGCACGGAGGACGCCCCCUUCCAGCACGCCUCUCUGGGCAGGCCUGUGGGGAGGGCCGCAGCUGGCAGCCUGCUGAAUAAGAGCUCUCCAGUGAAGAAGCCAAGUCUUCUGAAGGCCCACCAGUUGGAAGGAGACCCUUUUGAUGAGGCCUCCGAGGGCUCUGAGGGUCUCGGGCCGUGUGUGUCCUCCCUUAGUACCCUGAUAGGCACCGUGGCUGAGACGUCUGAGGAGAAGUACCGCGUACUUGACCAGAGGGACAGAAUUAUGCGGCAAGCUCGGGUGAAAAGAACCGACCUGGACAAAGCGAGGACUUUUGUUGGGACGUGCCCGGACAUGUGUCCCGAGAAGGAGCGGUACAUGCGGGAGACCCGGAGCCAGCUGAGCGUGUUUGAAGUGGUCCCGGGGACUGACCAGGUGGACCACGCGGCAGCUGUGAAGGAGUAUAGCCGCUCCUCAGCGGAUCAGGAGGAGCCCCUGCCGCACGAGCUGCGGCCCUCGGCAGUGCUCAGCAGGACCAUGGACUACCUGGUGACCCAGAUCAUGGACCAGAAGGAGGGCAGCCUGCGGGACUGGUAUGACUUCGUGUGGAACCGCACACGAGGCAUACGGAAGGACAUCACGCAGCAGCACCUGUGUGACCCUGUAACGGUGUCCCUGAUCGAGAAAUGUACCCGGUUUCACAUCCACUGUGCUCACUUCAUGUGUGAGGAGCCCAUGUCAUCCUUUGAUGCCAAGAUCAACAAUGAGAACAUGACCAAGUGCCUUCAGAGUCUGAAGGAGAUGUACCAGGACCUGAGAAACAAGGGCGUGUUCUGUGCCAGUGAAGCAGAGUUCCAGGGCUACAAUGUUCUGCUCAAUCUCAACAAGGGGGAUAUCCUAAGAGAAGUACAACAGUUCCAUCCUGCUGUUAGAAACUCCUCUGAGGUGAAGUUUGCUGUUCAGGCUUUUGCUGCGUUGAACAGUAAUAAUUUUGUGAGAUUUUUCAAACUGGUCCAGUCGGCUUCUUACCUAAACGCUUGUCUUUUGCAUUGUUACUUUAACCAGAUCCGCAAGGAUGCUCUCCGAGCGCUCAACAUUGCAUACACGGUGAGCACGCAGAGGUCCACCACCUUUCCCCUGGACAGCGUGGUGCGCAUGCUGCUGUUCAGAGAUUGCGAAGAGGCCACAGACUUCCUCAACUACCACGGGCUCGCCGUCUCUGAGGGCUGUGUCGAGCUGAACCGGUCCUCGUUCCUGGAACCAGAGGGGUUAUCCAAGGCCAGGAAGUCGGUGUUUAUUACCAGGAAGCUGACCGUGUCGGUUGGGGAAAUCGUGAAUGGAGGGCUGUUGCCCCCCGUCCCUCGUCACACACCUGUGUGCAGCUUCAACUCCCAGAACAAGUAUGUUGGGGAGAGCCUGGCCGCCGAGCUGCCCAUGGGCACUCAGAGACCUGGCUUGGACGCAGCAGGUGGGGAGAGAGGAGAGGAGAGUGGUGCAGAGGCGGACGCGCCCGCGCCUGCUCUCCUCCCACAGCCUCUUCCUGCCCCACCACCUGCACCGGUCUCUCUGCCUCACCUGCCGGCACCGGCACCAGCCCCGAGUGUGGCGCCCAGCCCCUUCCAGCCCCCUGUGCAGCCUGAGCUUCUUCCACCAAAGCCUGCGCCUGUGUACUCUGACACGGACCUGGCGCAGGUGGUGGAUGAGCUCAUCCAGGAGGUUCUUCAGAGGGACUGCGAGGAGGUUGGCGCUGCGGGGGCGGCCUUCGCAGCCACAGCUCUGGGUGUUUCCAAUGCUGCUAUGGAGGAGCUGUUAACAGCUGCAACCACAGGCAUUUUGAGGCACAUUGCAGCUGAAGAAGUGACUAAGGAAAGAGAACGAAAGGAGGAGGAGAGGCGGCAGGCUGAAGAGAAGAGGUUGAAACAAGAGAGAGAACUGGUGUUGAAUGAACUGAGCCAGGGCCUGGCUGCAGAGCUGAUGGAACUUGUGGUGGUGGAAUGUGUGAGGGAAACCUGCUCCCAGGAGUUGAAGAGUGCGGUGGAGAGAGACCAGAGGCUCCGCAGGGCCCGUUGCUGUGAGGAUGUCUGUGCCCACCUGGUGGACUUGUUUCUCGGGGAGGAAAUUUUCCAGACGGCAAAGGAGACCCUCCAGGAACUUCAGUGCUUCUGCAAGUAUCUCCAGCGGUGGAGGGAGGCUGUCACAGCCCGGAAGAAACUGAGGCGCCAGAUGCGGGCCUUCCCUGCGGCGCCCUGUGUGGACGUGAAUGACCGGCUGAGGGCACUGGCGCCCAGCGCAGAGUGCCCCAUCACUGAGGAGAACCUGGCCAAGGGCCUCCUGGACCUGGGCCAUGCAGGGAAAGUGGGCAUCUCCUGCACCAGGUUAAGGUGGCUCAGAAACAAGACGGUGCACCAGCUGAAGGUCCAGCACUUCCACCAGCAGCUGCUGAGUGAUGCAGCCUGGGCGCCCCUGGACCUGCCAUCCCUUGUGGCCGAGCACCUCCCUGGGAGGCAGGAGCGCGUGUUCUGGAAGCUGGUGCUGGUGUUGCCUGCUGGAGAAGAGCAGUCCCCAGGGAGUCCUGGCAGAAUCCUAGCAAGUUGGUUAAAAGUCAAGUUCAUGGGAGACGAUGGCUCGGUGGAUGACACAUGCAGUGACGCUUGUGGGAUUCAGACACUUGCACUGUUUAACGCGCUCAGGAGCAAAGAGAGUCAGACAGUUUCUGUCAAUGUGUGUAUAAAGGUGGCCCAUGGCGCGCUCAGUGACUGUGCUCUCGAUGCCGUGGAGACGCAGAAGGAGCUGCUGGGGGCCAGUGGGCUCAUGCUACUGCUUCCCCCCAAAGUGAAGAGCGAGGACGUGGCGGAGGAGGACGUGUACUGGUUGUCGGCGUUGCUGCAGCUCAAGCAGCUCCUGCAGGCCAAGCCCUUCCAGCCUGCACUUCCGCUGGUGGUUCUUGCGCCCAGCCCCGGAGGGGACCCUGUGGAGAAGGAAGUGGAAGAUGGUCUGAUGCUACAGGAUUUGGUUUUGGCUAAGCUGAUUUCAGAUUACACCAUUCUUGAGAUCCCUGAUUCCAUUAAUGAAUUACAAGCCACAAGUAAGGUUUCACAGGCUGUGCAGUGGCUGGUCUCCCGCUGCCCCUGUGCCCUUGACCUUUGCUGCCAGACCCUCGUUCAGUAUGUGGAAGAUGGGGUUGGCCGUGAGUUUAGCGGCCGGUUUUUCCGUGACAGAAGAGAGAGGCGGCUGGGCGGCCUGGCCUCGCAGGAGCCCAGCGCCAUCAUUGAGCUGUUCAACAGUGUGCUGCACUUCCUGGCCUGUGCAGUGUCCUCUGAGCAGCUGUGCGACCUGUCCUGGCCCGUCACCGAGUUUGCCGAGACUGGGGGCAGCCGGCUGCUUCCUCACCUGCACUGGAACACCCCGGAGCACCUGGCCUGGCUGAAGCAGGCAGUGCUGGGCUUCCAGCUUCCGCAGAUGGACCUUCCGCCGCCAGGGGCUCCCUGGCUCCCCAUGUACUCUAUGGUCAUCCAGUAUGCCUCGCAGAUUCCCAGCUCUCGGCAGACGCAGCCUGUCCUCCAGUCCGAAGUGGAGAGGCUGCUCCGCAGGACGUACUGCAGGUGGAGGAGCGGGAGCCCCCGCCUGGGCCGGGGUGCAGGGCCCUCGGCUGCGGAGAUCCCAUGGGACGACAUCAUUGCCUUGUGUGUCAACCACAGGCUGAGGGACUGGACGCCCCCCAAGCUUCCCGUCACGCCAGAGGCGCUGAGUGAAGACGGUCAGAUAUGUGUAUAUUUUUUUAAAAACCAUUUGGAAAAAUAUGAUGUUCCUUUGCUGUGGGAACAAGCCAGAAUGCAGACGCAGAAGGAGCUACAGCUGAGUCAGGGGCGUUUGGGGAUAAAAUCUUUUCAUCCCUCUGCAAACAAGUUUCCUACUCCGUUCCUUCACGUGCACUGCAAAGGGAGGAGGAGUGUGGAGUGCGGCCAAGAGGGGCGGAUUCCCAGCACGGAGGAUCUGAUGCGCGGAGCCUCUGCCCACGAGCGCCUGGCCCAGUGUCUGUCCAGCAGUCUGCUGCUGGAGAAGGAGGAGAGCAAGAGGUUUGAAGAUCAACUUCAGCGGUGGUUGUCUGAAGACUCAGGAGCAUUUACAGAUUCAACUUCCCUACCCCUCUACCUUCCUCAAACUCUGGUGUCUCUGCCUCAGACUAUCAAACCUGUGCUGAAAACAUCUACAGCUGUUAGCCCUCAGAAUAAAAGGACAGGGGAGCAACUGCAGCUGUCAGAGGCAACAGACACAUCUCUUACUGAACGGCUGAAGCACCUGGAAAGGCUGAUCCGGAGUUCAAAGGAAGAGGAAGUUGCCUCUGAGCUCCAUCUCUCUGCACUGCUGGACAUGGUGGACAUUUGAGCUGCUGGGCCUGAGAGAGGGAGGGUCUCUCUGGAAUAUUUUCUGCUUUUACUCAAAAUGAUGUUAUUCUCAGAUGCUUGAUGCACUGUUGGAAAUGUGAUUAUAAAUCAUGCAAAAAUUGGCCCGGCCCGUGGCUUAGCGGUUAAGUGCUCGCGCUCUGAUGCUGGCUGCCCGGGGUUCGGAUCCCAGGCACGCACCGACGCACCGCUUCUCCGGCCAUGCUGAGGCCGCGUCCCACAUACAGCAACUAGAACGAUGUGCAGCUAUGACAUACAACUAUCUACUGGGGCUUUGGGGGGAAAAAUAAAUAAAAUUAUUAAAAAAAAAUAAAAAAUCAUGCAAAUAAACUAUUUGAAUGUCUAAUAAGGUCUUACCCAGUUUUCAGAAUGAAAGGCUAUUUCCUCCUGUGUAACAUCUUUGAUAUUCUUACCUGUUUUCACCGUAUCCUCAGACUGUUACUCACCAACAUAUGCUCUGAGGGAAUCUGUAGCUCACACUUCUGUGUGUAACAAGUUGUCAUUCAUUGUCUCAGCAAAGUUGCAGUCCCUGAUGUGCCAGGUACCAAUGAUGCAGGGGAUGAAUAAGGCGCAGGAAGCCUGCCCACCAGGCCCACUCAGCUCACAUCUGAGAGAGCGAACAGAGGUACUGAGUCAACUGUAUAUGUACGUAGCUCUCUGAGCAUGUGCACGGGUAUGUGCCUGGAUUGGAAGCAGAGGGAGACAAGGGGAUUGAGGAGAGAGCAGAAUUACUGGAGAGGAGUGCAGGGGUGUACUGGGAAAGAGUGGCACCUCCAGGUUUUCAUCACAUCCUUUUGGGUACAGUUUGGUAGUGUUGCCAAGUGAGGGGAUAGACCAGACCGCAGAGCCCUUGCUGCCUUAUUCUGAGUGCUAUGGGAAUCAGCUGUUGGAGAAUAUUAGGCAGAGAAGUGACUGGGUCACAUUUUCUUUUUCAGAUAGUGUAUGGGGAAGGUCAGCAAGACAAGGCAGGAAUCUUGAGAGGGAGGUGCUAUAGCCGUCCAGGUGAAAGAGGAAGGGUAUAAUCCUGAGUUUGUUUGCUAGCAGUUGGUGUGGAAAGAAGGGAUAAAUUUGAGCCAUAUACAGAAAGAGGUAUUAAUAGACUUGAUGACACUGAGUAUGACCACCAAUUUUAAAUUGGCAGUCGGCACCUCUCUACUAUAAUCCUAUAUCCCCUAGACUCUCUGAGAAGACUGUUGCAUAACUUCUUAUUCUCUUCAAAACUCCCACAUUCUUAGAUAAUGACCUUGCUGCUUAUUUCGCUGAGAAAAUAGAAGCACUAAGAACAGAACUUCUUUAUCCCACCACCACCAAAUCGACUAGCUGAUCCCUGCUUCCCCAAAACAAACACUAUUCAAGUCUUUUAGGGAUCUCUUCAGUGAGUAACUUCAUGUUUAUCAAUAAAGACUUAAAUAAUGCUAUUUCUUAAUCUUGAUUUUAGACAUUGUUGAUUUCCUGCACUGGAAGAGGAGUUAGCUCUCUUAUACUAUCCUCUCUGCAAUGUAUAUCACACACACAUAUAUCUACAUUUCCUCUCCUACUAGUCUCCCAAAACAGCUUAAUAUAAUGUUGACUGGAAUCUGCACUCAUGUGGACUGUAUUAAUACUGUUUGCUCUUGAACCCUGUAUUGGUUUAUGAUUACAUUUCCUUUAGGUACAACUUUCAGUUUUUCCCGGCAUGAAUUGCCUUGUUUUUCCAUUUGCUUGGUUUUCUGUGUUCCUAUCACUACUUCACCCAAAACUCUCCAUCCUAGGUGUAAAGCUCCUAAUUCUGUCAUGUGCUAGUUCCUUUCUUUUGGAGAUGACCCUCUGGGUAACCCGUUUUUCUGCCACGGCUUGGACAUUUCCUGGCUUCUGAGUCAUAUAUACUCCUCUUCCCUGGUCUGCUUUCUCGUUUUGAUGGAGCCCAUCGUCUAGCAGCCUUCUGAGCUUGCAUGUCUGAAAUGUCUUUAUUUCUACCCGUACACUUGAUUCAUUGUCUGAAUGGAAAUAGAAUUCUAGGUUGGAAAUCA